GCGGCUACAUGCUGUAAACUGCUCGCCCGCACUGCAGAUUAUUAACUCUUAGCCUGCCGCAAGAUGCUUCCAGACGAGGAAGGCGAUGAAGAAGGCAUCUGUUUGCCAGCUUCCUCAGGAUCUCAACGACACCUCCUGAACUAAGGUCACACUCGCAUAGAGGGUGAACUGAAGCAACGGCUAUUGGGCUGCAGCGAAAUGAAGAGAUGCAAACUGAAAAGGCAGAGGAAAUAGCGUUCUCCUGGUCAUUGUCUUCAACACAGAGCUUCUUUGAGAGACAGCAGAAUCAAAUUUAAGAUAAGGGAAGGACCGCACAACAGGACCGGAUCGUUUUCCAUCUAUGGCGACACACGCUCAAGUUGUUCUGUGGGGGUCCUGACUGUGUUAUUUAAGUUCACCUGCAAGAGUGUAGUUGCCCCGUGAUCCCAGGCGGGGUUGCAGUGCGUGUCAUUUCUUUCCCAGAUGCAGAACAUUCUUGACCAAAACUUAGACAUGGCUACAGCUCUACUAGCUGGUGAGAAGCUAAAGGAACUCAUCCUACCAGGCUCGUCUCAAGAUGAAAGGGGGGGCGCGUUGGCCAGUCUGAUGGUGCAGCUCAAACUGGAGCUGCCCUUUGAUCGUGUCGUUACCAUAGGGACGGUUAUCAUCCCCAUCCUGCUGGUCACCCUGGUCUUCACGAGAAACUUCGCAGAGGAGUCCAUAUACUGUUACACACCGCACAACUUCACCCGAGACCAGGCACUCUACGCAAGAGGCUACUGCUGGACAGAGCUGCGUGAUGCUGCACCUGGUGUGGAGUCUCACCUCUGGCCUUCACUAUUUGAGCACAAGUUUUUACCUUAUGCCCUUCUGGCCUUCGCUGGUAUAAUGUACAUCCCCGCUCUGGGCUGGGAGUUUCUUGCCUCCACUCGGCUCACGUCGGAGCUCAAUUUCCUGCUUCAAGAGAUUGAUAACUGCUAUCAUAGAGCUGCUGAGGGCCGUGCCCCGAAGAUCGAGAAGCAGAUUCAAUCCAAAGGCCCUGGCAUCACUGAGCGGGAGAGGAGAGAGAUCAUAGAGAACGCAGAGAAAGAGAAGAGUCCUGAGCAAAACCUCUUUGAGAAAUAUUUAGAAAGACGAGGUCAAAGUAACUUUUUGGCAAAGAUUUACUUGGCACGGCACCUGGCCAUUAUCUGCCUCAGCUCCAUCCCCAUUUCCUACCUGAGCGCCUACUAUGCCCGACAAAGGCAGAAUGAAUUUACAUGUGCUCUUGGCGAGCUCCCGGACAUUAGCAGUUAUUCAGAGCUCAAGCUUCGGGUCAACUGUAAGUUGCCUGCUGUGCAGCUGCAACGAAUCAUGGCAGCAGUGGAUAUUGCCCUGCUCUGCACCAUGAACCUUAUUAUCCUGCUUAAUUUGCUCCAUUUAUUUGUGGUGCGAAAGUCCAACUUUGUGUUUGACAAGUUGCAUAAAGUGGGUAUCAAGACACGGCGUCGUUGGCAGAAGUCUCAAUUCUGUGACAUCAACAUCCUGGCCAUGUUUUGUAAUGAGAACAGAGACCACAUCAAGUCCCUCAACAGGUUGGACUUCAUCACCAAUGAGAGCGACCUCAUGUAUGAUAAUGUGGUCCGGCAGCUGUUGGCUGCACUUGCACAGUCCAACCAUGAUGCAACGCCCACUGUGAGGGACUCUGGGAUCCAAACAAUAGAUCCAAACAUGGAUCCCUCUGAUCUCGGAGUGGGAGAGAUGCCCACGGAGCCGCUGGUGAUCAAACGACCCCGCAAGAAGAUUAAAUGGAUCCCAACCUCCAAUCCUCUUCCGCAGUCUUUCAAAGAACCUCUGACGCUGACACGUUUGGAAAAUAACGCCAAGCCUGAAAAACCCAAACCGCUCAGACGAAAGACGGUAGCAGACAGCUUCAUUGCCCCACUUCUGGAUACCAAGAGCACACAGUAUCCUGCAACAAAAGAUUUAAGUGGGAUGGAGAAAAAGCACACUCGCAACUUUUCUCUGGACGUGCACCCAUACAUGCUGACCAUUCGUAAACCAAAGGUGGAGAUCACAACCACAGACCCUCUACCCUCAGAGCACAACAUGGAUACUGUAUACCUUGAAGGCACACACACUAUUGUUCAUGUUUCUAGUGCAAUUACAGAGACUAAGGUUUGCUCUCCAGAAUCGACCACCACUGCCUUUUCUACGGUGACCUUGCCCACCAGCACAUAUGUAAAUGGCGGUAGCCCCAACCCACCAUUGAGUGAGGAUCCUCUCAGUCCCAAACCCUCUCUCCCUUCAAGGGAGCCUGUCACACAGGAGGAGAAUCUUCAGUCUCAGCCACCAACACUCACCAGAGCCCCUACACACCAGCUGCUGGGUAUUCAUCACACUCUUUUUGAGGAAGAAGAAGAUGAGGAAAACCGCAGAGACAGGCUGGCGGGGCGACCCGGGGAACUCAUUGCUGCAGGGGAAUGUUAACGAAAGAGAGAAUUUCUGAUGGAUUUCCUCUCUGCUUUUGUUCUACUCAACACUGUUCUCGGCACACAUGACCACUAUGUCAAUCACGUCUACUCUCAUGAAGUCACGCACUUCUAUCCUGGCUCGUCUGAGUCUGGUAGAACUAACUGUACUGCUGAAUUGACCUCGAGACAAGUUUGUAUUCACGGUGAUGUUGAGCAGAGUAUUACUGUAAGAAACGAUGUCGCAUUCAUAUCUCAGGAUGACUGUGUACAGUAAUUCAUCACCCACCAAUGAAACCAGCAGUGAUCAAUUUCAACAGGGUGCUAAAGAGCAGGGGUGAAAAAGUUAGAAUGAAAGGGUGAGUGAUCUUUCUUAAAACACAACGUACCUGCAAAGAGGACUGCAUUGUCUUUCAAAAAAUGUUAAAUUCAUAUGAUAUCGCUUUGUCCCUUUAUUACAAUAGCCAAGUAGACGGGUAGUUCAUGCAAUACAGUCUUCGAUCUGCACUAGUAAUAUGCAAAAGAUCACAACAAUGUGUGGCAAUAAUGUCUGCGCUUACCACGUCAUAUGUCACAGUAGGUUAUACAGUAUACACGCAUAGGCACUGUAUAUGACGAUGUGUUUGUGAAAGUGUUUAAGCUGUAAAAUGUAUCAUGGCUUUGUUACUGACAUUUGUUCACUUCAGGAUUGCCAAUGAGCACUUGAUACUAGUAUAUUUGCACGUCAUUGAUAGAUCAUGAUGUACUGAAGAACAGCGAAAGAACCAACUGCACAACAAGAAAUUCUGAGAGGAACUUUUGUAAAUCCAUAGAAUUUGAGUUUUGUGGGUGUAUUUCGAAGGAAUUACUUGGAUAAUGAAUGUAGUUGGGUCACUGGUACAAUUGUUUGCUUACUUCCGGCACGAAUCAGUGACGAAAAUGAAAGUUAUAGUUAACAUGUCUUCUAAAUUUGUUUCUGUGAUGCAACCUUUUGCUUAUCAUGCUAACAUCCACUAGCUCACCAAGAACAAUGAGUAGAGAAUAAGGAGUUACACUUGUAAUUUUUAGUGUAGCAAAGUACCA